GAACUAUCGUCGCCUAUCACUCCACGUGGAUUUUACAAUAAUACUCGUACUAGGUGCGUGUAAAUAUCAUGCUUUGAAUUCUCAACGGGUUCACUUAAAAAAUCUUCAACAAUCUUUUUCCUCGUCGUCAGCGUCGUUGAAUGGGCAAUCGAAGCUGGAGAGCCUUUCCGCGAGACUACUGGAGACACUUUAUGUUACACAACUCCCACGAAAAAUAAUUUCUACCAUGCGAGUUCUUAAUAUCUGCCUCUCUGCUUUGGUCUUGUCCAGUGCGAGCGCUUUUGCGCCAAUCUCUGCACCUAGCUCUCGUGUGUCUUCCACUGAGCUUUACGCCAAUGGUGGUGUCGUCAUUACUGGUAGCGCCGGCGGUGUCGGCUGGGCUUACGCUGGAGAAUUCAUGGACCGUGGAUACGAUGUUGUUAUCUGUGAUGUGAAGGAUUGUGCCACCGCCGCAGCUGCUUUGGAAGCCAAGCACAAGGGAGCCAAGGUCUACCAUACCCAAUGUGAUGUUUCGGACUCGGAUUCGGUGGAAAAGCUCGCUGAAUUCGCCAAGGAAAACCUCGGAACCGUUACUCACUGGAUCAACAACGCUGGAAUCAAUGGAGGACGUCGUGCAUUGAGCGAAGUGCCUAUUUCUCAGGUGGAGUUGGUUGUCAAGGUGAGUUUUUUAGGAACGGAUGGGGUCCAAGCGAAAUAGCCAGAGGAAUUUUCCUUGAUGAAUACCGCACGUACACUUUAUAUCCGAAAACUAAUUUAUAUUCCUUCUGGAACAAUCGAAAUGCAUAGGUCAAUUUGAUGGGAACCCUGCUCUGCACUAAGGCUGCCAUUGACCUUAUGUCAAAACAAGCUGGAGUUACCGGGCACAUUUUCAACACUGUUGGAAGUGGUGUCAAGGGUGGUGGUACUCCGGGAUAUGCAUGCUACGGUGCAACGAAACGUGGUCUUCCCCAGUUGACCGAUAGUUUGGUCAAGGAAUUGGACGAAGGUGUGCAGGGAUACGAAAAGAAGAGCACCCCCGGAACGGUUCAGGUUCACAAUCUUUCUCCAGGUAUGGUCUUCACCAAACUGUUGUUGGACAAUUCGACACCUGAGUUGCGCAAAUUCCCCUUCGGUGUUUUAGCCGCACAACCUGAGGAAGUUGCGGAAGACCUUGUUCCCAAGAUUCUUGCAACGACAACCAACGGAGGAAGCGUUGAAUUCCUUACAACGGAUCGCAUCCUCACCAAAUUCUUCGAAAGAUUUAUAUUGCAAAAGAAGUCUGAGUACAUUGACGACGAUGGCAAUGUGAUCAAAACCCCGGGAGCCCAAUAUGACGAAGAUGGCGUGCGAGCUUUGUUCUAAAUAUUUAUUAACAAAUGAGUGUACUUUCU